AUGUGCUCACUGGGAGCCCUGCAGGCACGGCAGACUCUGGAGGUGGAGGGCGCGCCGCUGCUGCCCGUGCAGCGCCCGCGGCCCGAGCGGGCGCAGCUGGCCAAGCGGCAGGCACCGCAGGGCGGGCACGAGGGCGAGGAUGUGGACUGGCUAACCACGUCCCUGCUCUUCCUCUUCCCCGCGAUCGGCGGCCUGCUGUUUGGGUACGACAUCGGGGCCACCAGCGGCGCGCUGGUGUCCAUGACCAGCCAGCAGUACAGCGGUACAGACUGGUACAGCCUGUCCGCCUUCCAGUCGGGACUGGUGGUCAGCCUGUCGCUGGCGGGCGCUCUGCUCGGCUCAGGCGCGGCGCUGCUGUAUGGCGAUAAGCUAGGGCGGCGCAGGGAGCUGCUGGGAGCGUCGGCGCUGUACGGCGCUGCCUCGCUGGUGGUGGCCCUGGCGCCGGGCUUGCCCACAGUGAUGGCGGGGCGGCUGCUGUAUGGGGUGGGCAUCGGCUUUGCCAUGCACGCAGCACCCGCCUACAUAGCAGAGACGAGCCCGGCCCGAGUGAGGGGCCUGCUGAUCAGCCUCAAGGAAGCUUUCAUCGUGGGCGGCAUCCUGGCGGGCUACGCAGCCUCCUUUGUGUUUGUGGAGCAGCUCGGCGGAUGGCGCUGGAUGUAUGGACUGGCGGCCGCGCCUGCUGUGGUGCUGGCAGCAGGCAUGCUGUGGCUGCCAGAGUCGCCCCGCUGGCUGCUGCUGUCCGGGGCGGGCCCCGCGGCGGCAUCCGCGGCGCUGCGCAAGGCCAAGGGCCGCACGGCCAACGAGGCGGUGGUGCAGGUGGGGAGGCGGUGGUGUGUGUGUGAAGGGGGGGGCUCACAAGGGCUUUGCUCGAACUUUGCGGAGCUGCUGCGGCCGCGGUACCGCCGCCCGCUCGCCAUCGGCAUGUCCCUCAUGCUCUUCCAGCAGAUCACCGGCCAGCCCAGCGUGCUCUACUACGCAGCCAAGAUCUUCCAGGCGGCCGGGUUUGCUGGCGCGGAGGAGGCCACGGGCGUGUCCCUGGUGCUGGGCUUCUUCAAGCUCAUCAUGACAGGCAUAGCGGUGGCAACGGUGGACAGCUGGGGGCGGCGCCCGCUGCUGCUGUACGGCGUGAGCGGCAUCGUGCUGAGCCUGCUGGCCCUGGGCACAGCACAGGUAGCGCGGGACAUGGUGGCGUGGACCAACCUGGUGGCGCUGCUGCUCUAUGUGGGCUGCUACCAGCUGUCCUUUGGGCCCAUCUCCUGGCUCCUCUGCGGAGAGGUCUUUCCGCUGAAAGUCAGGGGGCAGGCCAUAGCGCUGGCCACCCUCACCAACUUUGGCUCCAACUUCCUUGUGUCGCUGGCACUGCCCACCAUCACAGAAUCGUUUGGGCCGGCAGCCACCUACUUCACGUUUGCCGCCAUCGGCGUGGGAGCGGUGGUCACCAUUCACGCCAUCGUGCCUGAGACCAAGGGGAAGACUCUGGAGGAGAUUGAGGCCCUGUGGCAGAAGUAG